ACAUGCAUGAAAGAGUCUAUAACACAUCACAAAACUCAUAAGAAAAAAAUCUGCAAAACUAAAGAAUGGCUUAUGCUAGGCUUGCUCCUUUGGCUCUCUACUUGCUCGCCACUUCCAUAAUGUUUCCGAUGAAGAAGAUAGAAGCAGCAGACUGUUCAGGUCCUUGUUUAGUGUUUGAUACGCCACCGUGUGGGUCAACUGAUUGUUACUGUAUCCCUGUUGCAGUACUUUCUGGGUUAUGCAUUAAUUCAAAUGGACUUUCAUCUGUGGCGAAGAUGAUAGACGAACAUCCGAACUUAUGUAAAUCUGAUGAUGAAUGCAUGAAGAAAGGAAGUGGCAACUUCUGUGCUCGUUAUCCCAAUACCGACAUCGAUUAUGGUUGGUGCUUUGACUCUGAUUCUGAAGCACUUAAAGGCUUCUUGGCUAUGCCUGCAGCAAUCACCACGUAAUACUUGUGUGCCUGUGAAAAAGUGGUCAUGCAUGAUGCAUCUUCUACUACUUUAUUAAAAAAAAAACUUAUGAUGCAUCUAGUAUACUACUAGUAUAAAAGAAAGCUUUUGAUGCAUCUACUUCUAUUAUUAAAAAGGGUGUUCUACUCGUAGUUGGUGACUGUAGACUCUGGAACAUGAGUUAAUAAACAAAAAGGUUCUGAUGUCUUCA